UGCAUGAACUUUUGUCACCGCCCACUUGCACUUGUUACUGUUGCAGGCUGAAUUGCCACGGGAGACCCCAAACUAUCUGUGCCUGUCAUCGCCAUCGCCAUGGGAAGAAGCCUGCCGUGUGUCUAUUUGCUUGUCUUAGUCAUUUUCCAAGAGGCGUGUGGCUUAAAGAUUCAGAACAAGCUGCUGGGUAAAUGUCUGCAGGUGCAUGAAGGAACUUUGGGAGGCAGAGUAUCUCUGGGUGACUGCAGCCCAUAUUCGGCCCUACAGGAAUGGCGUUGGCUACCAGAGAGCCAGGCUCUCAGCAAUCACCACACUGGGGAGUGUCUGACUGCACCAGGAGAGCAGUAUGAAGGUGUCCUCCUGCAGCGCUGCGUCUUUCGGGCUGGAAGUGAUGAGUCUGAUGCCGGAUUGGCAGCGGUGGAUACAGGCAGAGGGGCAAGCAGCCAGGCAUGGUCCUGUUCCAAAAAAGGACACCUCACUUUGAAAGGAAGGGGGCUACAUCUUAGUGCCACACAAGAAUCUACUUUGGUCUUCCUUUCGAGGGAACAUAAGCAGCCUGGCAGCAGGUGGCGGACAUUUGAUAACCAGACACUAUGCAAUGGGAGAGACAGCAAACAUUACCAACACCAACCUCAUCACCAUCUGGGUAAAUCUUUGGAACCUGGGAUUUUUCCAAGUGCCAUCUCUGAUACACAAAGACAGGCUGAACCAUUUGGAGGUAUAAUGGCCGGGGAUGUCACAGAAACAUAUUAUCCAGUAAUGGAUGUGCCUCUUUGGUCCCUAAGCACCAAAUCCCCUGCAGAUCCCACCAUGGUUUUCUUCCGUAUGGACUACGGGAUGGGCUGGAAGAUAACCAUGCUGGUACUAAGCUCUUUGGCUCUGGUCCUGGGGACUGUGAUUCUUAUCCUCAAUGUUUACUCCAAUAGAAGGAAGAAGGUGGUGUGUGUUUUGAAGUCAUACACUCCGAGGCCAGAGGUGAGUGUUCCUGGUUCCCCAGCAGCCAGUGAAAGAGCCCUGCUGACAGAGCAUGCCAUGCGCCUCCCACACUCCUCCCCCACUUUACGAGGAGAAAUCCUGAUUGAGUGGAAAGAUGGCACUGUCACUCCACUGUACGAGGCCUGAAGACUGUACUGUAUCUUUUGAACCUAGGUGUGUUUAUGCAAGCAUGGUUUCUUGUGCAAGGUUAUGUAACUGAAUGUGUCUAAAGGAGGGGAACAUGAGGAAAAACAAAAGGCAAAAUAAGUAUUUUUGUUGUUUCUGUUGGCAUGGAAAUGACAGUAAGCAAACUAUUUCAUAAAAUGGAAAGUUCAUGGAUCAGUAUCAGACCGUUUCUGUAAGACUUAGCUGCCACAGGAAGAUAAACGCUGUUGUGAAGCUGCCAGAAUAUUGUAGGACCAUAUGUUUUCCAAAAUACAGAGUCCUGACUUCUGCUGUUUGAGAUUUGAGGGAGUGCUUGUUGGAUGAAAGGACUGUAAAAUAAAUGUAAGAAUUGAGUCAUUGUUUUUCGGCUUUAUAUAAGUAAAAUCCAAGGGCUCAACAAUGUACCCGAUAACUUAGGCCUUUAUUUAGAUAAAUACUUAGGAACCUAAUCUUUGUUUUCCUAUGUCUGAAGUAUCAUCUAGCCCCAAUUUGUCAUUUUUUGUGCUGUGGGAUGAGCUCAGAUGUCUCUUUACAUAAUACAUAAUUGCUUUUGAAGAAUUUUGAAUGUCUGCAUGCAUUUUUGACAUAUCUGUGAUUUAACAUGAUGUCUUACAACCUAUCACAAUAUACACUGGCUCCUGAGACCCACACCCUUUAUAAUGGCAGUUACUGGGCUAUUUUAGGAUAAUACAAUUGUGUUGCAAGAAACACUGAUUGAUGAAAGUUGUUUUCCUAACAUAAUUUUGUAUUUUCUGUAUUUCAGAAGAAAAUCUUGUUUAUGUAGGAAAUGUCUGUAGUCUGACACAUUUCAUUAUUUUAAUGGACUUUGCUUUGUACUGACAUUACAUAAACAUUUAUUAAUUUAAAUUGUUCAUAGAAACAGUGCUUUUAACCGACCUGGACCUAUUAUAUCUCCUUGGAAACAGCAGUUGAUGAAACUGUCUUCCCUUAAGGUCCACUUGAGCUUUUAACCUUGAUGUUUAAACUUUCCAUUAUUCUCAACACUUUUGGGACCAUCUCAAUCUUAACAUUUCACUGGGAAGACCGUAUGAUAUAGUUGAAAGCUCCAAAACCUCUAGUAGAGACCUCCAGGUUGACUUUUUUUGAAUUUAUAUGUGGCAACCUGAUAAACCACUAAUUUGUGCUGUUAGUCUUUUAACAAAAUAAGUAUUUUUAUAAUGUUAACUAGCAAAUAAAAUGGGAUAUAUAUAUAUAUACACACACACACACACACACACACACACACACACACACACACACACACACACACACUGUACACAGUUGACUUGUACUGUUUUUAUUAUCAUGAUCAGGCUUGCAGAGAACAUUAAAUUCCCAGUGGCACAGAAAACUCCCAGCGGGAGGAACCUGUUUACAACAGAGAACCAAA